CUAACACAAGGGGUCGUCUUUCCCCGGUUAUUACUGUUAAAAGGAAGCGAGAGCCGUGGACUUCCUGUAUCACAGAGUUCAGAAAACACGAUUCCCGAAAUCAUGGAAAAAGCAAGAAGAGUUUUGGUCUAUCUUUCCAAAGAGAACUCGCUGCCACGGUGUGUGGAAUUUGUGCAGAGUGUCACGGGCCACUUUGCUGGUUGUCACGACGACAGGGUCAUGGUCAGCUGUGUGCUGGAGGACAAUAAGUUUAUUCUGUCUGACCGGGGGGCUGAGGACAUUCGCAAAACACCAGUACUUCUCAGGAGGCCCUUGUUCUGUCCGUUCAAGCACCUGUCAGGCAGCGAAGCCGCCAUGCUCCCAUCGGACACCUUGGAACGGGGCGUGGAUGUGGGUGUGGCUGUCUUGCUGCAGUCAGCCAAUCAAAAGGUCUUACUAACCAGAAGGGCUUCUAGUCUAGCCAUCUUCCCAAAUGUCUGGGUCCCGCCAGGGGGUCAUCUGGAAUUGGAUGAAAGGCUGCUGAAUGCUGGUCUAAGGGAGCUGCGAGAGGAGACUGGAAUCAGUUUGAAACCUGAGGAGUUCUCGUCUCACAUGCUUGGUCUAUGGGAAUCAGUAUUCCCCGCCAUGUUGAGUCGAGGGUUGCCACGGAGACAUCACAUCGUCACCUACCUGCUGUUACAGAGCACACAGACCCACCUGCAGCUCCAGGACAGACUGUGUCCAGAGCCCCGAGAGGUCAGUGGCUGUCUUUGGGUUGACCCCUCUCUGGUCCGAGCCAUUGUGUCCACUGUCGACGGAGCAGAGCGUUCCGAGAAAGCACCUGCCAACCUGCCUCAGACUGUCAGGGUAACGGAAGUCUGCAGUGAUGGCGCUCUGCUGGCCUCGGAGCUCCCUGUCUCUGUGCUGUUGAAUACAGCGCCCCCCGAAGGCCCCGAUGUGGAGCGCAUCAGCACUGGGACCAGAUAUGCUCUGGAGUUGUGGCUGAAAGCCAUGGAGACUGGGCCAGACUGGGCACACAGCGAUAGUCUGCACAACUGAAAGAUCACCUCGGUACAGAGCUGAAAGGGAUUGUAGUUUACAAGUCUGCCAGUGACAUCCAUCCCACAUUGCAGUGGUUGUGAAUUAAAACUCGGAGCCAGCAGUAUGACGAUGAGCAUGACUUGAAUCAACACUAUGUAGAGAAUAGUGUGGGAUUACAAUAGUGAAAGUGCAGUAGGUAAGUAAGUGAAUGUGUUAGGAUCAUGGUAAAGUCUAAUAAACUGACUGAUUUACACAAUCUA